AUGCGGCUGGGGUUUGGGUUCUGGGUUGCUGCUGGAACAAUCGAUGGCUCUGCGGCGGCUGCUGCUGCUGCUGGUGGUGUUGCGGCGGGAGUGGCGGGGUCGCCGUGCGGGGCGUGCAAGUUCCUGCGGCGGCGGUGCGUGGCGGAGUGCGUCUUCGCGCCCUACUUCAGCUCCGACCAGGGCGCGGCGCGCUUCGCGGCCAUCCACAAGGUCUUCGGCGCCAGCAACGCCGCCAAGCUGCUCGCGCACCUGCCCCUGGCCGACCGCUGCGAGGCCGUCGUCACCAUCACCUACGAGGCCCAGUCCCGCCUCCGUGACCCCGUCUACGGCUGCGUCGCCCAGAUCUUCGCCCUCCAGCAGCAGGUCCGUCGUCUCGUCCCAUUCUUCUUCUUCUUCUUCUUCUUCUUCUUCCAUCUUCUUCCUUGCCGAUCACUCCUUCGUCUUCGAUCGACCAAUCAUCUGGCCGCCAUGGACGCAAGCUGA